CUCACAUAUCCUCCUACUCCUCCGCUCGUGUCUCUUUUUUUCACCCUCUCCCACUCCCACACUCCCCAUCUUCAACCACACCCCCAAACCCCCUAUCCCUUUCUCCAGGCCUCAUCGUCCCUAUACUAAUGAAGCCUGUAUAUUGAGACCGUUUACUUUUGUUUCUUUCCUCUCUCUUUUUACGUCUUGCUCAAAAAGAUCAUCUGGAGGAAAGGACAACGAGCUGGUUUUCGCCCACCACACAAUUCCAUCGUCCAAGGUUGCUUGUUGGGACCCUCGACGUCUAGACACACUGGAAACCUGUGGAAUCUGAUCCGAGAGACUGGCCAGACCAAAAGGACGCAACGCUACGCAUCCGCAUCCGCAUCGCGCAUCGCAACAGCAGCACCACCAGCAACCGGCGUCACCAAGCACCCACAUUGACCCAAGCCCACCGCUAAAAGCUACGCGACCACAAAACGGCCACCCGAGUGCCUGGCAAGAGAAAUCUUUCCAUCACCCCCAGCGCCCGAUUUUCGUCCACGUCCACGUCCACGUCUAAAGCCCACUUGUCCCCCCCGACAUUCCUUGACCUCACUCCCCCCGACCGACGUCGAACUCUCCUUUUAUUUUCUCGAGCACCCAGCAGCCCUUUUGCAACCGACCGACUGGCUGGCCUGGCGUACCUUGUAAUACCUGGAAACACACACAAACACGACCUUUCAACUCUUUCGACCUUUCGACGAACAUUCCUUACCGCACAAAAAGGCUCCAACGACCACACCAUUCUUCUUUCGCGCGCCUCUCCUCUGCUCUGCUCUACGCCUACCAUUGUUGCUCUGCCCACCGAAAUUGGACAGCUCGAUAGCAGAAGCUCCGGACACUCCGCUCAAUACUCGCCCGGAAGAGACGCUGGGAACUGACACAGCACCGUGCCGUCACCCUCCCUCGAAACCCCCGACUGUGGAAUACGAGACGUUACGGUCUCGAAGCUGUCCACAAUUCAUUGGGUCCAUUUCUCCCCCGCGCCUGUCAACCGUCGACCGGGAGAGCAUUGCUCAAUUCGUCAACGACAGCAACCCGUUGGGAAAAUUCUAGUGUCACAAAUUUUCUGAUGAGCUUUGGCCUAGAUAAUUGAUAAUGUCAACUAGAUCUGAUCACCUGGCCAUUGGUUACCCGCCCCAAUCUGCCACACAGAAUCGGUCCACCUCACCAACCGCCAACAACACAUCCCCCAUUGACCCGACCGCUGGUUCAUCUGUCCGAUCACCAUUCGGCCUGCCAGGCGGUCUGAAUCACUCUAGCAAGAUGGCUAGCGCCUCGCGAUCAGGGGCUGGCUCUCCGUCGCACGAGAUGCCCGGCUCCAGUAGGCUGUACUCCAAGAGAGCCCGCGAAAUUCAAGCUCAAGAAGGCGUCCCCGGAUUGCCGGUAAAUCCUUGGGGCGGUCCGCCGACCAGCGGCAACUCUACGCCCCUCCGCGAGAACAUCCCCGAGUCGCCAACCGAUGGCUUUCCUGACUUUGCCCAAUUGCCCACCCCCGAAUCCAUGCCUCAGGCGAGACGUGCCCGUGCUGGAACCGUGCCAUCGCGGUUCUCGCCCGGCGGUGUAGGCAAUGGCUUGCUCAACCUUCCGGCUAUGGCUCCCAAAUCAUCCCGGCCAACUCCGUCCCACAGCCCGUUCAAAUCCCCGUCUCCCGGUCUCGAGCCGGUAGACACGGCUUCCAACAACUCUGCUCUGCUCUCCCGCCUCCGCGCAGGCUCAAUGCCUCAGCGGAGCCCUUUCGCGCAGAUCCCCGGCACCAGCUCUCCCUUUGGACCGUCCAUUUUCAGCAGUUGGAACCCUACCGGAACGGGUCGCGAUAGGGGCAUGACUCUUGCGAGCAUUGCGAGCAUCGGCUCGACCAAUGGGCCGAGCUCGCCCACGCAAUCCCAGAUUUCCAGAGAGGGGGGCGGAGAAAGCGAUGUCCAUAUGAGGACGCUGGACUACUUGGGACUUGCUGAGACGCCGCAGCCUCCCCGCGCCCAGCUGGCAACACCGUAUAUUCCGAGCUUCAACGAAUUUACUAAGGCUAACCGUUUCCGCUCGUACUCGGUCAACAACAAGGACAAGUACGCAGACGAGGAGGACGAUGAGUUCGAGGACAUGACUCUUGAGAGCCAGUAUGUCGCCCACCUCCAGGAUCAGCUCGCAGCUACGAACGCUGCGAUCCAUAACCACAAUCUGGCUGUCCAGGCGUUUGCCAACCAAGCUACGCGCCCUCGUGCCCGAACAGCCGGCGUCCUCGAUACUCCUGGCUCUCGCCUCAUGCGAACCUACAUGUCCGGCAACGGCAUGGGCAACGCCGUCCCUCCUGCAGAGAUCCGUCUGCCGGAUGAGAAGGAGUUUGACGACCUCCCGCAAGCUGUGGCUGCUAUGAACCUGGGAAGGUCGAGCAGCCGCAAUGCGGGAUUGCUCAAUGCCGAGGACCAGGGUCUUGAGGGUCCUACCAGCGCCCUCUGGCUCGGCAGCAUCCCGACUUCCACUACUACAUCGACUUUGACAGAGAUGUUUAAGGCAUACGGUCACAUUCUAUCUGCUCGUGUUCUCACGCACAAGAACUGCGGUUUUGUGAACUUCGAGCGGAUGGAGAGCGCCAUCACUGCGAAAGCCAGCAUGAACGGAAAAGAAAUCUUCCCUGGAGCAGGACCCAUUCGCAUCAACUUUGCCAAGCCACCUUCUGCCUCGAACACGCCCGGCCACGAUGGCGUUUUCCCCUCGCCCAGCCCCGACCCGUUCGCGAAGAACCAGGACAAUGCGCAGAAUGCAGUCCCCGGUACCGCUGGCGAGAGCGCAAACGCAUCGGCCCAGUCAGCUAAUGCUGCUCCCAUUGUGCCUCCUCUGUCAGAAAUGACGAGUGACAUCAUGCGCAUCGUUAAGCAGUUCCAGGCCACCGAGGAGGAUGCUGCCAAGAUCUCCCGCAGUCUUCAGUCAUCAAUUCAGUUCACCAACUUCAUCGACGAGAUCCCCCCCAUCCGGGAACCGGCCCACACCCGCGUCCACGAUGCCCCGAGACUCAGAGAUAUUAGAAAGAGAAUCGACAACCAGAGCCUCUCCCAGGCUGAGAUCGAGACCACCGCUCUCGAUAUGCUGCCAGAGAUUGCCGAGCUAGCGUCCGACUACCUUGGCAACACUGUUGUACAGAAGCUCUUUGAGCACUGCUCCGAUGACCUUCGUGACGCGAUGCUGGCCGAGAUCGCUCCUCACAUGGCGGAGAUUGGCGUACACAAGAACGGCACCUGGGCUGCCCAGAAGAUUAUCGACGUUUGCAAGACCCCGCACCAGAUGAGUUUGAUUGUCGAGCACCUCAGACCCUACACCAUCCCUCUGUUCCUGGACCAGUACGGCAACUAUGUUCUUCAAGGGUGCCUUAAGUUCGGUGCUCCUUUCAAUGACUUCAUCUUCGAAACCAUGCUCAGCCGCAUGUGGGAGGUUUCUCAGGGCCGCUACGGUGCCCGAGCUAUGCGUGCCUGCUUGGAGAGCCACCACUCCACCAAGGAGCAGCAGCGGAUGCUGGCUGCCGCGAUCGCUUUGCACAGCGUUCAGCUCGCUACCAACGCCAACGGCGCCCUCUUGUUGACCUGGUUCUUGGAUACCUGCACUUUCCCUCAGCGCAGGACUGUUCUGUCCCCCCAGCUUGUGCCUUGCCUCGUCCACUUGUGCACUCACAAGGUCGCCUACCUCACCGUGCUCAAGGUUAUUAACCAAAAGGCCGAGCCCGAGGCGCGAGACACCAUCUUGAAGGCUUUGUUCUUCACACCCAACGACCAAAUUCUCGAGGCGAUCCUGAGUGACCAUGCCUGCGGCGCCACCCUGAUUUUCAAGGUUCUCACCACGCCGUUCUUUGACGAGAGCAUUCGCAGCCAGGUGGUUGAGAACGUCAAGAAUGUGUUGGUCCGCAUCAAGGCCCAGCCCGGUCAAGGUUACAAGCGUUUGAUGGACGAGGUCGGCCUGUCGACUCGCAACAGUGGCGGUGGCCGCGAUCACGGCCAUGGCAACUCUGGCAAUAACAGCAAUAACAAUGAGCAGCGGCAGCGACCGGCCUCCCGCCAGGCCAACAUGAACAACCACCAGCAGCAGCAGGCUGCUCACAUGAGCAAGCAGCAGUACUAUAACUCGUUGAACCAGCCCGUCAACCCUUCCAACUAUGAGUUGGGAUUUGGCGGUCAACGCAGUGAGCCUGCCGACGCGAGCAUGGCCCCUUUCCCUCCCUAUGGUGUUCAGAAUCCCAUGUACAACCAAUCCAACUCUCCCAUGCCGACGCCUGCGAAUCUCCAGCAGCUUCAGUACCAACAGAGCAUGCUCAACCGUGCAACGCCCCCCAUCAACAACUUCUUCCCGCCGAUGCAGGCAGGCUUUGGAGGGUAUAGCAGCCCAAGCCCGUCCAUUGACCAGUACCGCAGCCAGAAUCUGGCCAACGGAAGCCCUAUUCAGCCGCCGACUCAGCUUCCUCAGAUGCCUCCCGGUCAGGCACCAUACGCACCUCCUGGAUUUGGUAUGAACAUGGGCAUGUCGGGAUAUGGUGGCUAUGGCAACAUGGGCGGCAUGCAGAACAUGGCGUACAUGCAGCAGGAGCAAGUCAACGGAAGACGUGGCCGACGAUGAUUCAUACGCCUUUUGUACAGACGAAUUGCUGGUCAGAGAGGGUCUGACUGGCUCAUGCCGCUCUUUUUCUUUUUUCGCUUGGUAAGGGAUGGCUUGGUAUGGGAUCGGCACAGGAGUUUGGUUGAUCUGGAUCGUCAUGUAAGAAUGUUUGCAGGGGUAACACCGCCCAACGUGUCAGGAAAAUGCGCAAGCCACUCCAGAUGUGGAGGAGGCCAUGUCUCGAUGAUAGACAGGGCAACAACAUGAAGCUGCCUCUCCGGAAAUGUGGUCGCAGCAACGAAGAGGGUUUUUUAUUUUCGUUUCACUUGGGGCUCUAGAAGCCCCCCACUUGCCACUUCACUCUUCCUGUCCUUUCUUUUCUUUCCGCUGGGGAAGUUUUUUACAAGCUUUACUAUUGCUACCCUCACUUUGCUUGUGGCGUGGUAUAUAGAAAAACCGAGAGAGGGUAGCCGGAUGUUGUCCUGAAGCCCCACCUUCGCAUGGCAGUCAAGACGCAACCCCCUAAAAAAUCGCAUAUGCUGCUUUUUGUUAUGAGAGAGCUAUGGAGUCGAGAGUGUGUUUCCGCAGUCAAAGCAUUCAUGUGUGUAUGCCGCGACCUGCCGGGUUCGUUCGCUAGGCAUGCAGUCAGGUAGCCAGGCAAAAGAACUCCUGAUAGCCACGCAAAC